AGAUUCUUAUUGUAUUUUGAUUUUUUUUUUUUAAGAUUGUUUUGGCAAUAGGCCAGCCCAAGUAUUUUUCAAGAGGAAUAGUUGCACCGCAGAGUGAAAAUGGAUGUUGAGGGCACUGAAAUGAGGCAGACAUCUAAGUUCAAGAGGAUUUGUGUGUUCUGUGGGAGUAGUCAAGGCAAAAAGAGUAGCUACCAAGAUGCUGCAACUGAGCUUGGCAAGGAAUUGGUCUCAAGGAACAUUGAUCUGGUCUAUGGAGGGGGUAGCAUAGGUUUGAUGGGAUUGGUAUCUCAAGCUGUUCACGAUGGCGGUCGCCAUGUUAUUGGAGUUAUUCCCAAGACGCUCAUGCCUCGAGAGUUAACUGGUGAAACAGUGGGGGAAGUGAAGGCAGUGGCAGAUAUGCAUCAAAGGAAGGCAGAGAUGGCUAAGCAUUCAGAUGCUUUUAUUGCCUUACCAGGUGGUUAUGGGACUCUUGAAGAGUUACUUGAAGUGAUAACCUGGGCUCAACUAGGAAUUCACGACAAACCGGUGGGAUUGUUGAAUGUUGAUGGAUACUACAAUUCUUUGCUCUCAUUUAUUGACAAAGCUGUGGAAGAGGGAUUUAUAAACCCCAAUGCUCGCAACAUCAUUGUCUCUGCUCCAACAGCAAAGGAGUUGGUAUUGAAAUUGGAGGAGUAUGUCCCCUGUCAUGAGAUGGUUGCUUCGAAAUUGAGAUGGGAAAUCGAUCAGCUUGACUACUCUCAGAAUUAUAAUAUCUCAAGGUGACACGGGGGGAUGACUGCACUAAAGGAUGAAUAGAAGGAAUUUUGAAGUGAGAAGGUGCUAAUUUUGGAUGAUCUUGAAAUUUCCAUUUGUGGGGAAAUUUCUCUUUUUUUUUUUUCUUUUUGUAAAUUGUUGCAAUUAACCUCAAUAUGUUAAGCUUCUCAACAUUCCCUUCUAGUGAAAAAUAUGAAUUUCAGUCUUGUGAACAUCCCCAUUUUGCAUGAUAACUAUCUUUCCCUUCCCAUUUUUCCCCCUUUAUGUCCAUUUUCUUUUCAUCUUACCCAUGGUAGCAUGAUUUUAUGAAAUGGAGGAUACUAUUCUUAUGAUGUUGGUAUAUAUGUCACAAUAAGAACCAAUAUGCCUUAUAUGAAAGCUAGAACAAAAGGUCAAUGUGAAUGGUGGAAGCACCACACAUAAUCCAAUAGAACAGCAACAAGAAUCCCAUAAGGAGCUAAGUGUCAUUAAUUAAGAGUAGAUAAAGGGUACCAGGUAAUGCAAUUCUUGUUUGCCGCUGUAAAGAUUUUGUGGACCGUAGACAACAGACAGGCCUAACUCAACCAACGAUAAAUAACGGUAGGUGGUGGGUCAGGGGGUGUUUAUUGGAAUGGAAAAGAGAAACCAAGAAAGGGGACCUCCUUGCUUUGUUUGAGUCUUUAGAGAAAGAGGUGAGGUACCCUCACAUACCGUCCAACCAAUCAGACAAUGACAAAUGUUCUUGGUCCCACAAAACAAACGGUAGACAAUGGUGGAGAUGCCAUGGUGAUGAAGGGUUUAAGACAAUGAGGUGAUGGAUUGGUACCCUAUCAGUUUGGUCUGCCCAGUUGUGUUUAGCAACAAAUGUUUGUGGUUGAUAGGACUGAUUUAUAACGUCUGGUCUUGAUGAUGAAGAUCAUGUAUAUGUAUAUUCAAAAGCAUUUGUUAACAUUAACAACGAAUGUGUAAAACCUUGAAAUGACCUUGAAAUAAAUUGAAUCGACUAGACUAAUCUUGUCAAGUCA